AUGAUAGCAAAUAGAGUUCGAUUUCAAAAUCUUGUAAAAAGAUCUUUAACAAAAAGAUGUCUACAAACAUCGAACUGCCUGUACAGUAAUGACAAAGUUGUAAUAAAUCCUGCGCAUGUCCAAUUAUUAUCUCCCAGUUUACAAUCCCAAUUGUUUCAACCUUAUUUAUCAACAUCAAUUGAGAAGAGUGAAGAGACACAGAUCAAAGAAGCAUACGCGCAAGAACACCUGACGCUGCAAGAUAUUUGGGGGAAAAAGAACGAGAUCAAUACGCCUAUCGAUGUGCAAUUGCCCAAGCUGCUAGGCGCCAAUUUAGAGGAACAUUUCAUGCGCAUUGGAUUAGAGCAAGCAUCGCCCUACCUUGAUCAAUGUGAGCAGUUGACCAAAAUCAACCUUCCUGACAUGCCCAGAGUGUGGAAAAAAGCGUCAGGAUGGACACGAUACAAGGACGGAAAAUCAUGCGCAGUAGAUCACCCGUUGGAGUCUGUCAUGGUGUUUGAUGUGGAGGUUCUCAUGUCGGAAGGGAAAUACCCCACCAUGGCGGUAGUAGCAUCGAAAGACGCAUGGUAUUCAUGGACGUCACCAUACUUGCUGGGAGAGACAAAAGUCAAAGAGCAACUGAUACCCUUUGGACAUAACAACGAAAAGCGGCUUGUAGUGGGACAUAAUGUGGGCUAUGACCGUGCUCGCAUUGCCGAAGAAUACAGCCGUCUGGAUUCCGGCAUUCGCUAUGUGGACACUAUGAGCUUACAUAUAGCAGUAGCUGGACUCUGCUCACAACAACGGCCAGCUUGGAACAUGGAGGUGAAACGACGAGAUCAGGAUAGAUUGGAUGGUGGCGGAUCAAGCAUAGAUAGAGUGGAUCAAACCAAGUUUUUUGAUGUCAGUACACUCAACAGCUUGAAGGAUGUAGCUAAAUUCUAUUGCCAAGUGGAAAUGGAUAAAUCGAAACGAUCCCAUUUUGAAGUGGGCAACCUGAAUGAUGUCCGAGCCAAUUUCAAUGAUUUGAUGACUUACUGUGCUCAAGAUGUGAAACUGACGCAUGAUAUCUACAAGGUCGUGUUUCCUCGAUUUCGUGAAAACUGCCCUCAUCCAGUAUCUUUCACCGGAAUGCUCAACAUGGGAAGCUCGUUCUUGACCGUAACAGAGAAAUGGGAGGAUUAUCUGGAAAAGUCUGUGGGUAAACACAAGGAAUUGGAUGAUAUGUUGGAUGUCAAGCUGCGUGAUUUGGCGGACAAGGCACGCGUGUUGGUGGAUGAACCUCAAGAGUGGCAACAUGACCCUUGGUUGAGUCAACUGGAUUGGUUUGUUAAUCCCCGUCAGCGAAAACUGAAAGGCGCACCUAAAUGGUACAAGGACGCUUGGGACACCAAAGCUGAAAGACUCAAAAUCACGACUCGUUCAAGGAUUGCACCCUUAUUAUUGCGUCUCAAAUGGCAAGGAUAUCCGCUGCAUCAUCUCACGGCAUCAGGCUGGUGCUACAAAGUGCCUGUACUGGAGGCCAAUGACACCCAAAAGUUGACAUCAGUGUUCCAAGACGAUGAAUACUUUUAUCUCAAGGUGCCUCACAAGGACGGUGAAUCUGCCAACUGUGGAAAUCCUAUAUCUAAAGGCUACAUUGGCGCAUUUGAAGAUAAAGUGCUCACAUCCGAAUACGAAGCGGCUCGAGAAGCAUUGGAGUUGAAUGCAAAAUCUGCCUACUGGAUCAGCUCAAGAGAGAGAAUUCUGAAUCAGUUUGUGGUGUGGGACUCCACUUAUUCUGUAGACAUGCAUCUCCCUCGAAAAGACGAAGGCAAAUAUGGCAUCAUUUUACCUCAGAUGGUUCCCAUGGGGACAGUAACUCGACGUGCAGUAGAGAAAACCUGGCUAACUGCAAGUAACGCUAAACUGAACAGAAUUGGAUCCGAACUAAAAUCGAUGGUACAAGCACCAGAGGGCUACAAGAUUGUGGGUGCUGAUGUGGAUUCAGAAGAGUUGUGGAUUUCCAGUGUCAUUGGUGAUGCUCAAUUUGGGUUUCAUGGUGCCACGGCUUUGGGCUGGAUGACACUGCAAGGGUCAAAGUCUGAAGGCACUGAUCUGCAUUCAAAGACUGCCCAGAUUUUAGGUAUCAGCAGAGACAAGGCCAAGAUUUUCAACUAUGCAAGAAUCUAUGGUGCUGGCAUCAAGUAUGCAACUAGCUUACUGAUGCAAUACAAUCAAGGCAUGGACCUGGAAACAGCCAAGAUACGUGCCGCUCAAUUGUACUCGAGUACAAAAGGUGAAAAGGAGCAUUCAUUCAAGAAUAUAUUCAAAAAACCCUUUUGGCAUGGUGGAUCUGAGAGUUACAUGUUCAAUGCGCUGGAAGAUAUUGCUCUGUCCAAAGAUCCCAAGACCCCUAUUCUCGGCUGCUCCAUCACUGAUGCGCUCAAGCCAAAGUACACAGGGACGCAGUUUUUGACCUCUCGCAUCAAUUGGGUCGUGCAGAGCUCUGGCGUCGACUAUCUGCAUCUGUUGAUUGUGUCCAUGGCUCAUUUGAUUGAACGAUAUCAAAUCAAUGCAAGAUUCAUGCUUUCUGUGCAUGAUGAGGUACGUUAUUUGACAUCAGUAGAAGAUCAACAUCGUACCGCAUUUGCGCUACAAGUCGCCAACGUUUGGACCAGAGCCCUAUUUAGCUACAAACUGGGAAUUCACGAUUUACCACAGAGUGUUGCCUUUUUCUCGGCUGUGGACAUUGACCAUGUUCUGCGCAAAGAGCCCAACAUGACCUGCUUGACACCAUCACACGAAGAAAAGAUAUCUGAAGGUGUUAGUUGCACAUUAUCAGACACCAUCAAGGCAUUGGCAUUUGAAAAAACGGAGCCAGACAAAUGCUUGCUGGGAGACUCAGUCGAAACAAGUGGAGCUCAUGUAAAUCAGGAAACUAUCUUUGAGUUGCUGGAAAAAGUUAAUUUCAAAGGCGAUACCAAGACCUGUAAUUUACCAUUCUUGAAAGCACAAAUGUACAAGAACUACAAGAGCCAUAUUGACCCCUCACUCAGUGGCAAUAGAGCCACAGAAAGAGUAGUUAAAAAUAGACGAAAGAACAAAUAA